AUGCUCCGUUGGCUCGUACUCCUUAUCCAAAUCAUCUUCACCCUUAUGAAUCUAUUCUUCACUUCUUUCGACUCUAUCCUUCUUUAUUGCGUUAUCAAGCAACGCGUCUCCCUAUCUCGAAGCACCGGUCCCUUCGUCUAUAUAAUUUUUCUGACCGGUUUCGGUAUUGUAGAAAAAUUGAAUGCUUUUCUAAUGGUUGAUGGUUGGCCGGUGUCCGAGUGGUUUGACACGGAACAUGGAUAUGAAAGAUACCGUAACUUCUUCGGCUCCUAUAUCACCCUAAUCUUCCUUAUCUGCUAUCUAACCCCACUAUUUCUCGACUGCAUCAUGACAAUUCAUCGUAUCUGUAUCUUCAUCUCCCCUCUCAAAUCCACUAAAUGGUUCAGUGACUUCAAAGUGGUCUGCUACUGUAUCACGACUUGUCUCCUAGUUCUCAUCUGGCUUUUAGUCCAACAAAUCUCAAAUUGCACUUUGAAUUUCAAUGCGUUAACAAGUUUCCUUGAAUCAGCAUGUGCCCCCGAUCGCCAUCCUGUCACAUGGUUUCAGAACAAGUACUUGAUAUAUGUUCCGAUAUUGUCAAUGGUGAUCAAUGCAUUUAUGCUCUUUGCACAACGAAUUUCAAGGAAAUUCUGGAAAAGCUUUGUGUCAUCUCAAAGCCAAUUGAAGCGGGAAAAUGCUCUUAUCCGGCAAGCCUUAUUCAUCGGUGUCUACCUAUCAGUCUAUGAGAUUUUGUAUCUUCACACAAGACUUUACCCGGAAUCCUUCCGCUCAAUGCCAUUCGAGCUCCAAACUCUCACCUAUGACCUCCGCCUUCUGGCAGUUGGCUCAUUGAACUUUUUCGUCUAUUUCGUCCUCACACAGUCUUCACGGACAUUGGUACUUACUUUCUUGGGGUACAUGAAGAAGGUGGCGAAGCAAAGGACUGGAAGUGUCAGUCAGACAACUGCCAACUUUCAAGUGCAAUCAGCGAAAAUUAUUUAA